AUGGGAAAAGAGAGUAUUGUUUCUGACAAAAUGAAGCUCCUUCUAUCAUUGGUUGCACUGCAUUUCUGCUUUGCGGGAUUCCAUAUUGUCUCCAGGGUUGCACUAAACAUAGGUGUAAGCAAAGUAGUUUACCCAGUUUACAGGAGCACUAUUGCCUUGCUUUUGUUGAGUCCCUUUGCUUAUUUCUUGGAAAAGUGAGAAAGACCACCCCUUACUUUUCCUUUGCUUUUUCAGUUCUUCCUUCUAGCAUUACGGGGAAUUACUGCAAACCAGGGAUUUUACCUUUUGGGUUUGUAUCGUGCAUAUCCAACUUUUGCUUCAGCAAUGCAAAACUCAGUUCCUGCAAUCACUUUUCUCAUGGCUUCUGCGCUAAGACUUGAGGAGAUCAAUAUUGCUAGAAGAGAUGGAUUGGCAAAAGUUUUGGGAACUAUAGCUAGUGUAGGAGGUGCCACUACAAUCACCCUCUACAAAGGUCCUCUUCUGUUGCACCAAUCAAAGACAACACAAGGAUAUUCCAUGGAAGAAGAGAUGUCCUCAAAGAAAAUGCAGAAUUGGACGUGGGGAUGCAUUUAUCUCCUUGGACACUGCUUAUCAUGGGCUGGUUGGUUGGUUUUUCAGGCUCCUGUACUUAAGAAGUAUCCAGCUAAACUCACACUCACUUCAUUUACAUGCUUCUUCGGACUGACCCAGUUCCUGGUUAUAGCAGCGUUUGUGGAAACAGACUUCAACCAUUGGAAAAUCCAAUCAAUUGAAGAGCUUUUCACUAUCCUAUAUGCUGGUGUUGUGGCAUCUGGUAUUGUGUUUUCUCUUCGGACAUGGUGCAUUCACAAAGGCGGCCCCGUUUUUGUAGCCGUCUUCCAGCCCCUGCAGACACUUUUAGUUGCUAUCAUGGCAUUCAUAGUUCUUGGCGACCAAUUAUACUCUGGACGUGUAAUUGGUGCAGUUCUCAUAAUAUUAGGUCUUUAUUUAGUACUGUGGGGUAAAACUGAGGAGAAAAAUGAAGCCAAGGAUGAAGACACAUUAAAGAAGCAUCUACUUGAUGAUUCUGAAGUAGGGAUAUAGAAGAGGGUGCUGAUGAAUCAAAAACAACAUGACGUAUUUACAGAUUGA